AAAAUAAAAAAUAAAUAAACGCCGCACAAAAAAUUGCAAAAUUAAUACGAAUGCUCGUAAAGCUCUCGGGUCUGCGUGGCGGGAAGCAAGGGGACACUACGACACUCGUAUCGGAUGUCAGACGGCGAUAAAAAUACACAAAAAUUAAAAACAUAAAUACGCGUGUUAAUGCAAUUCGAAUGGCAAAGUGCAGCGGACAGCACUUGACGAAAGAGUGAAUGUGAUGCCAUAAUACAUUAACAUUUGCCGCUUAUCGAAUACAAAUAUACAAAAAAAAAACUGCACACGAUAUCAAAAGCACGAAACGAGCGAAAAAGUGAACCAAUAAACCAGACCAGUCGAAAGCGAAACUAAUUUGUGAUAAGAACAUCCGACGGAUACGAUGGACGUGACAACGGACUACAUGGUCUACCUGGAGAUGGCCUGGGAGUGGGCGGGAUGCCUGCCCUACCUGCUGGUCACCUAUGUGCUGCUCACUCUGCUGCCCCAGUCCCUGGUGCGGAUGAAGCGCUUCGCGGACGCAGACUACGAGGCGAAUCGCCACAAGUACCAUCGCUGCUACGGGCCCGAGCUGUGCUGCCACGUCCAGGCCCAGGAGGCGGCGGCGGCCACCAAGCAGAAGCAGAAGGCGCGGAAGCCCGUCACACGCGUCUACCCCAAGCGGCAGACGUCCACAGCGGCGAGGGAGGAGCCGGCAGUGCCGGCGCCAGUCAAGCGGAGCAAUGUCACCAAAAUCGCACGCAUGUUCGAGACGGGUGCCACGCGACAGGUGAGCCGGGUAUCGCCUGUCCUGCCCGAGAUCCGGAUGUUUGGGGCCAGCGAUGACUCGCACGACUCCACGCCCUGCGCCUCCCGCAAGACGAGCAUCGCCACACAGCUCUCCGCGCAGCUGCAGCACAUCGAGCAGGCGAUGCAACUGUGGCAGGAGCUGGAGGAGGAGCCCUCCAAGAAGUCGUCCCCCUCGCACAGCGACUGGGAGCCGAUGACGGUGCCCGUGGUUCGACGCACUCGCGGCACCUCGGCCACGCCCUCGACUGCCUCGCCGCUCAGCAGUUCGCCGGAGCCAGCGUCUCCAGUGCUGCUGCGGCAGCCGCCGUCGCUGUGCCUCAAGUCCAGCAUGGAGGACAUCUUCCAGGUGAUUGCCAGGAGCGCAGAGGAGCCGCACUCCUUCUAUGCGGACUGCAACAGCCUCUCGCCCGUCACCAGCAUCGACGACAUCCUCUCGGAGCGCAGGUUCUCGCGGCCAUUGUCCGCCUACUCCAUCACGGAUCUGCUGAACGAGGAGCUGGCCUCCUGCGUGGAGGAGGCCACCUAUGUGAAUGACACCCGAUGAGGCAGAUGGAGAUCAGUUCUUAGUGCCAUCCAACCUCCCAUCCACCCAUGGCCCAUGAGUCAGAAUCGGAAUCGAAAUCAAAAUCGGGUCACCCGGAAGACUUUUGCCCCAUCCUAAUCGUACCCUCGGUCGCCUUUGUUCCCCGCGAUUGCGCUGUGACUCACAAAUGGCGGGGAGGGGGGGUCGCCUUGCCACGCCUUCCUAUAGUUUCAUAUAGUUUAUGCAGCCCCACCCCCCGCCUGCUGCUUCCAUAUGCAUUUUGUUUGUUUAAUCGAUAAAAACUUAAACAAAGCAAAGUCAACUGCGGAGCAUCAGAGAUCAGUCGAUUCCCCAGUACUUAUUUAGCCGUCAGUUAUGUAGAUGUAUAUGUAUAUGUACAUAUAUGUUAAUUUUGUCUCAUUUUGUCUCUGGGGUUAAACAUAGCAUGGCGAUGCAUCAUCUCAUAUGUAUAACUAUAUCGAUCCUAUCGCAAAUUAAAUAUGUAUUAAAUAUGUAUGAAUAUGAAUUUCUAGUAUUAUAUCUAUGAUUAAAUGUAUGCCUUAAACUAAAAGAAAACUGUAUAAAAUGCAACAAAAAUACACGACACAACGAAGCAAUAAUUGCGAGUAUAUC